GGCGUACCUGGCUCAAGGCAAUAAGUCGCAGUCAAGUUUCACCGUUGCGCUUGCCGACAGAUGCUUCGCAAAGAGCAGACCGUCGGUGGUGCAGGUUUGGAUUGGGGGAAGCUCGUCUUCGGCACACGAGUGGACACACAUGGCUUCAUCAAGCACGUGUGGCGAGAUGGACAAUGGGAUGAAGGUGAGAUGGUUGAAGAGCCGUAUGUGAAAAUGCAUGUUUUGGCGAACGUUUUCCACUACGGGCAGGCGAUCUUUGAGGGGCAGAAGGCCUUUCACUGUAAAGACGGGAAAGUUCGAAUCUUCAACGACAGGAUGAACCAUGUCAGGAUGAGCAGAGGCGCUGAACGAAUGGGAAUGCCCACCAUGCCAGCAGAGAUGUUCCAAGCAGCAUUGACCCGCGUGGUGAAGGCGAACUUGGACUUUGUUCCGCCCUAUGGAAGCGGUGCUUCGCUUUAUCUUCGUCCAUUUAUGGUUGGAAGCGGGCCACAGCUAGGCCUGGGUGCCAGCUCUGAGUAUACCUUCAUGGUAGUUGCGUCUCCGGUCGGGCCAUACUACGGCUCGGCUGUCCCUGCCACUGUCGUUGAAGAUUAUGACCGGGCAGCACCAAUGGGUGUUGGCGCAGUAAAGUGUGCAGGAAACUACGCAGCAGAUAUUGUGCCUGCCGCCAGGGCUAAGAAGCAGGGAUUUCCCAUUUGCCUUUACCUUGAUGCCAAGGAGCACCGCUACGUCGAGGAGUUCAGUACAUCCAAUUUUGUUGCCAUCACCAAGUCAAAUGUCUACUUGACACCAGACUCCCAAUCAGUCUUGGAUUCGGUGACGAAUAGUUGUCUCGAGAAGUUGGCCGCAGACAUGGGCUUGACAGUUGAGCGGCGUCGCAUUGAUUUCGAUGCAGAGGUCGCAAGUUUCAAAGAGGUCGGGGCAGUUGGCACAGGAGUUGUGAUCACCGUCGUCCAGUCCAUUCAACAGGGCGACAAAGUCCACAACUUCGAACAGCCAUCAGAAGUUCUCACCAAACUGUACAACAAGCUUCGGGCCAUCCAGACUGGUGAUGAACCUGACCCACAUGGUUGGAUGCGUGAGGUGGCGUAGUCACACGUAGUCGCCUAAAGGCCCCUGGGGCCUAGGCGGCCUAGCUCCUAUCCAGGUGGCUUGGUGACCUUGGCCACCAAGUUGAAAGUGUUUUGUUCAAGACAAGUUUCCAAUAGUGCUGUGCUGGAAGUGUUAGCAAAAAUAAAUAUCAUUAUUGGACUGUGUUUUUUUCUCCUAGCUGGAAGUGAUGAAGCGGCGCUCUGGUCCAGAAGCCAGUCGACUUUGCUGGCCCUUGCAUCGUGACGGCAUG